AUUACACAUUCAUCUAGCUUUUACAAGAAUGUGUCAGGUUAAACGUGUUGCCUCUUAAAGGAACCUUUCACUUUUACCAGUGCACAUGGACUUCAGUACACAGACAAGAAGUGGAACUGGUUGUGAUUCCUGUUUUUUGCAGCUGUUUCCCUCCUGGUUGUGUUGCCGCUCUGCUAUCUGCUUCAGAGUCUCUAUCUUGAUCUUUCUUUCCUCCGCUCCCCCUCCACUCUCUAAUGACAGUCAGCUGGGCUGAUAGGCAGAUAUAUUUACACUGGUGGCAAUAGAAAAAGAAGUCAUCAGCCAAACCCUGUUCUGCCUCUGGGCUUUGGCAGGCGGGGUUUGGAGGAAACCCUUGCCGGUUAGCCCCUCCCUGAGUAGGGCAUAUCUCUGCGUGUUGUCCCCGGCCCCGCUCAGAGCUCUCAGCUAGAUGGGACCAAAGCCUCGUCGGCCCCGCAGAUGCACAAACACCCACACAUCAGUUACUGCUGGAGAGAGCAGAAGAGAGGGAAGCAGCAGCAGGCAGAGUGGAAGUCUGCAGCCUGACAGAAAGAAAACAAGAAAGACAGUGCUGUAUUUUUUUAAAUUCACUUUCUUCUAAAGUUAUUGAUGAGGAAGCCGGGGUCAGAACUGUCUCAUCUCAGUUUGGGGUCCAGAGGUGGUCCGCAGGAUCCAAGUGUGUCCCACUUCUCAAGCGCUUUUGAUUUGUUUUUGCAACUUUUGAACACUGGAACUGUACUGUAAGCAUUAUGACUCUUCUGGGCUCUGAACACUCCAUACUGAUACGAAGCAAAUUUAGAUCAGUAAAUCAUGGCAAAUUCCCUAAACCAGAGGACUCCUAUGCAUUUGAGGAGGACAGCAGUAGCGAGAGUCUAUCUCCAGAGCAGAACCACAGUGAUGAGUCCCAAGGAUCGGCCUGCCCUUCGUCUGAGGCUGUGGGCAGCACGGCCUCCUCCUCCUCCUCACCUGCUCUCACCAGCCCACAGCUUGUAGUACAAGCAAGCAGAGACCCCCCUGAUCAAGGCAAGGAAGAAGGUGCCAACAACAACCAGUCUACACCACCAAUACCAGUUCCUGCUAUAGUCAAGUCCAAGACCUCAGACAAGAACCGGCACAAGAAGCCCAAAGAUGUGAAGCCCAAAGUGAAGAAGCUCAAGUACCACCAGUACAUUCCUCCGGACCAGAAGGCAGAGAAGUCUCCUCCGCCCAUGGACUCGGCCUACGCCCGACUCCUCCAGCAGCAGCAGCUCUUCCUGCAGCUGCAGAUCCUCAGCCAGCAGAAACACGCUCACACACAUUCGCAGCAGUCACAGCACACACACACCCAGCAGACGCAGCCCCAGGGUCAGCAGAGGCCACCCACCUUCAGCUACCAGCUUCACCCACAGGCCCAGAAAGCGGUGAGUGAACAGUUACCGGCUUGUAGCUCCAAUGGUCCGUCCAGCACAGCCAACAGUAACUCUUCCUCUCCGGUCAAGAAUACAUUUCCCAACCAAAGCAACAUCUCGUCUGUCAAACCUGGGCCCCUGCCAGCUAAUCUGGACGACCUCAAAGUUUCAGAGCUCAGGCAGCACCUGCGUAUUCGUGGCAUGCCUGUUUCAGGCACCAAGACUGCCCUCAUUGAGCGACUCCGGCCUUUCAAGGACACCAACGUGGACGCCUCGCCCACGGGAUCUACCGAUAUCACCACCUUGACCUUCCCUGUCACGCCCACAGGGUCCCUGUCUUCCUACCAGUCCCCGUCAUCUUCCAGCACUCUUUCACAAGGAAGGUAUUACCCUUACCCCAGCACCUCCUCCAGCCCACCCAUCUCCCCGGCCUCCUCAGACCUGUCUCUCAGCGGCUCACUCCCUGACAGCUUCAGUGACGUGCCCAUGUCCUCGCCAACACAGUUCACUCUGCAGCCAUCACCGGCACAGCUCGGCAUGGAGGACGGCCAGGGGGGAGGAGGAGGAGGAAGCGGCAGGCUGGGUGGGGGAAAUCAGAGGUCAGGGGAAGGUGGAGGUCUGGAUGGUCUGGAAGCUGAAAAAGAUAAGAUGCUGGUGGAGAAGCAGAAGGUGAUUGAAGAGCUGACAUGGAAGCUGCAUCAGGAGCAGAGACAGGUUGAAGAGCUGAAAAUGCAGCUCCACAAGAGGAAACGCUGUUAUGGAGCCACACAGGACAACACUCCUCCUCCAUCUCACCCCUCCAUGCUACACCAGCAGCCGUCUCCAAUCAUGAUGGGACAACAUUUUUUCGGGGUGACAGUCAAGCAGGAGCCCAUGUCUUUAUGCUCCAGCUGCCCUUUGUCUUCUCCCAAACAGCUCAAAAGUCCUGGCAGCUGCAUGGAGGACAUGGGACACUGCAACAACCCCAUCCCAAAUAUCGGGGGGGUUGGUGGGCCACAGUGUAUGGACACAGGCCCUUCCUCUGGCAGCCCCUCCACCAUGUCUGCUUUCCUCAGUCCACAGUGCUCCCCGCAAGAUUCCCCCAUCGGAAAACCUUCCACCAGCUCCCAGCCUUCGUCUCCUAAUAACCCCUAUCUGCUGUCUUCCCCACUGGGAAGAGACGGCUGUGGUCACCAAGGCAACAGCAGAGCCCGCAGCAUGCAGAUGCAGCGGAGGAGCAGCAGCCAGCAGGUGAACUGCUCGUUCCCUCCAGACCAAAGAAGCCUCCAGGCAGUGUUUCCUGGCCCAGCUGAUUGUGGCCUCAACCAUAACGGCUCCACCAAGACUGAGAGCCAAAAUAUGCAACCAAAGAUGUCAGUAUUGCCGUCUCCUCGGCAUGUUGGCCAAAAGUGCCAGGCCUCUCCCCCCGCCUUCAGUAGCUCAGAUUCAGAUGCAUCUGACUUAAGACAGCCCCCAUGCUAUGAGGAUGCAGUCAAGCAGCAACUGACCCGCAGCCAGCAAAUGGAUGAACUUUUGGAUGUGCUGAUAGAAAGUGGAGAGAUGCCAGCUAACGCCAGAGAAGAGAGGGAGAGGUCCUCUGUAACCAAAGUUGUGCCUCACAUUACUGUGUCCCCAGGGUGUCCCGGCCUCCUCAUCCCGCGGUUCCACCGACACUACGAGCACCCAUCCUCCAACCACCUCCUUUAUGACCACACGGCCAAUCACAUCACCGAGAGCCACCUGCAGACUUUGCUGGGCAGCCCUAUCGGCCGGGGAGGGGAGGUGCCCCCUCUUGAUAUGGCUGCCGAGGACCGGAGCCAGGAAGGCGAAGGGAACAGAGACGCUGAAAGGUUCGGCAGCCCUCAAGACCGCCACUGUCACCCUCAUCAUCCCCAACAGGACAAACAUCUGACCAACAGAGAUCUAAUGGACACCCCUCUGUCGCCCACUGGCAGCAAGGCAUCCGCUGUCCCCGAGGUGCAGGGGAUGGUCAGCAUGACCUUCAGCGAGACGCCGUGGGAGACGAUGGAGUGGCUGGACCUGACACCGCCCAGCUCCGCCUCUGCCUUCAGCGUUGCUCAGCCCAGUGUACCCAGCAUUUUUAACACGGAGUUCCUGGAUGUAACAGCCAUUAACUUGAACUCUGCCAUGGACCUUCAUCUGGAGCACUGGUGAAAGCAGCACUGCUGAUACCAGUAACAAUAACACCAAAGAACCAUUUAAUUCCAGCCCAAGUGUGAAGAUUUUGUCUUUGCUGAAAAACGGUGGAAUGUUACAUGAAGUAGACUUAGCUGACAUCUGAAGGUUGACGGAUAAAUCAGUAGACAUACCACAGAAUUCUGUUUGAUUUGUCCGUGAUGCUGAAAUAAUGCUCUUGUUUUGUUGUCGUGUCCAGAACGCACAAACCAGGUGCUCUUUGACAACGAUGCGCACAGCUGCCAUGGACAUAUGAAGGAUUUUCUGUAUGGACUUGAUUAAAGGACUUUAUGCAGACAUGUUAUGCAGUAUCAGUGUUACACCACCUAGACUUGAAGACACAAUUUGACAAUCAUUGUAUAUUUUUUGAGUCUUUGUUUGUGUUACUGGAAAAAAAAGACGCAAAACAAACUUAGAAAGGAAUUACAUGUUGAGUUGGAUCGUUUAGCAAAAGGCCAUACUGUAAAUAUCAACAACUAGAUGUACUGACAAGCUGACAGCCAAAUACUUUGUCAGUGGAAUGGAAGAACACACACCACAAACCAAGCAUUUUAUCUAAUCAGUUCAUCAUUUGUAGUAAAUAUUAUUUAAAAAAGAAAAAAACUUGCAGUACACUUUAGCUUCAUGCACACUUUAUCACAGUCUGCUUGAGCUUAGAAUACGUGUGUAGAAAUGGUUGUGAUACUAUACCUUAGAACUUUUUUUUAUACAAGUUUAUUUUCACUAUUUGGCAUAUUUAUCCACAGAAAGACAUCGUGGAGAAAGAGUGGUGCCUUUGAAAAUAUUUGGUCAUAUCAGUUUUAAUCAGCAGACAAACUGUGCCUUAUUUACAAAGGCUUUUUAUAGCAUUUUCUAUGUAAUUGUCCCCUUAUAUUAAAAUUUUUAUGUCAAAUUACUAUCCCCAGAAAGUAUUGACAAUUAUUAAUCUAGAUACAAGACAAAUGAUAUUUAUUAUAAUUAUAACACACACACACACACACACACACACACACACACACAUAUAUAUAUAUACAUAUAUAUAUAUAUAUAUAUAUAUAUAUAUAUAUAUAUACAUAUAUAAUUAACUAACGUGGCACAAAAAGUAAGUAAUUUAGUGUUUGGUUGAGGAUUACUUUGUUGUAACAGUGAAUUUUGGUGAUAAAUCUUAUACAGCUGAAAAGUAUGUUCAUUUCCCAUCUAAAUGAUGACACAUUUGUAAGGAAAGUGCAUCUGUGUGAUUAUGUCUAUUGACAUUUUGUAGGGUUAAACACACUAAGCUGCACUGCUUGGGUCACAGCUAUCGGUGGAGGCAGUGUGAUGGUGUGGGACAGUGAAGAACAAGGCAGAGAGAGAUGGAGAUGAGAUUCUACAACUAGUGGCGAUCCUAUACCUAUACUAUCCUAUACUCAUCUCUAGGGGUUUAUCCUCAGGGUUUCAACCCCACUUCUGGGGUCUUGGCUACUGUUGGUACCACAGUGUCUGACUGGUGACAGAGGCUGGUUGAAGAGUGGGAUCCCACAGCAGUAUGUGACGAAGCUGGUGACCAGCAUGCAGAGCUACCAGGCUGUUGUGGCCGUGUACGGAUUUUCCAAAUGAUCCCAAGGUCCCUGUUUGUUAACCCUUGAAAAUUUGCAUUAAGAACAAAUGUUCUUUGCAUUUUUUUUCUUUCCUUUGGACAAUUUUAACAAGAAUAAUCAGUGUUUUUAACAAAUAGUUGAGAUAACAGUUAAUAAUUUUGUAACAUUUGUGAAAUGGACAUAACUUUAAAUAGAAAAGGCAUAACAAACAUUUAUUUUGGCAUUACCUACCUACCCAAAACCCAGUGACCGAGAUUGGCUCAGGCAUGUUUAUUUCCACAAAUGUUCAAUAAAAUUAAUUAUAGUCGCUUAAAAGUGUGAUCCACAGUAGAGUGGAACCUUGAAGGGCUAUAUGAUGACAUUGUUAAAUUACCAACAUGUCUGAUUUCUUUUAAGACAACAAUCCUCCACUCCAAUAAACACCAAACAAGAGACAGCAGCAGAAUCAGCUGUUUGUCUUUGGAAGAGAAGAUUUGGCAAGUUUUUCAUGGAAGUCCUCGUACUCAACUCUGCUGCUCAUCCCACUUCGAAAAAGAAAUAAACAGGCUUUCUGACAGUAGAAAAGCUUUGUUACAACAAAGAAAUAAUCCUCCAAACACUAAUUCACUGACUAAGUUUAUAUUUUAUAUAUGCCACUUUGAAAAUUUUUAUAUUUUUGUUUUCAGGUCAAUCAGUUAUUUAUUUAGUAAUUUUAUAUUUGUACUUGGUCCUGUAUUUAUGCUGACAUUCCUUUCUGAUUGAUUUCCUAAGAAAUGACCAUAACUGAUCACUGCCACUACUUUACUAAUCAAUAUUCUUAAAAAUGUGAUGCAAAAUGAAGGAACCACUUUGAAAAGCCAUGUUUUCUUAAAUCACUUUUCCUUAAGCAAUCAUGUGAAUUGGAAAUGUCCAUUGUAAGCACUUGUGAAUAGAAAAUUGUAAUAUAUUCUGAUCUUAACUGUGAAUGCUUCAUGUUAACACAGAGCUUCCACCAUAGCCAGGCAAGAUAUGUAAUGGAUAGCCUAGUAUGAGAAAUUUGGACUCAGACACUAAGGCAUGGUUCACAUGUGCAGACUUCAGGCUUUAGAGAUGUUUUUAAUGGGGUGGUGUCUUGUGCUGCCAACUUUUGUGACUUUUGUUUCUGUUGCUUUAUUUGUUAAUGUAGCUUGCAGUAUAAAGUUGAAAAGAGGUCAACUUUUGUGCCAGCCAAUCAAACUGAUUGACAGAUCAUGUGCCCGAGCUUGAGGCUGAUUAUCGCUACAAUUCCAAAAGUCAACCCCAGUCGCUGUUGAACAUCAUGUUUAUGUGAAUCCUGUCUUAAGGUCUCAGCUUUUGCUCAGUCUGUAUACAUGUAAAAACUUGGCAUUUUGGGAAAUAAACACUUUUUUGUGCCAUGAAUCACAUGAAAAUGAUUGAAAAUUGUUGCUUGUUUCAUGUCUUUCCACUUACUACAAAGACUCAGCCUGCAACACAUUAGCAUAACUUAUACUAAACCAGGAGAAAUGGCCAGCAUGGCCCAACUUGAAAGUCACAAAUUCUGCCCUUUGUGCCACCACCGUUCAUGUGAUGUUUUUUCUCCCCAUUAGACCAAAGCACACAGUGAACUCUCUUUAGUUUUAAUGGUCUU